AUGCCUAUGCAGAGCACCAACAGAUUGCAGACACGACGCAUGGCUUGGUCAUCACUUACGGGUAAUACGAAGUUAUUACUAGUAGUUGUUAUUGUGGCCGCGACCCUGUUCCUGGAGCAUACUGCUGCUGCAGCUGAUGGGACUACAGCAGCCACCAGAAUCAGAAGCAUGGCUUUGCCAGGUUGCCCAGACAACUGCGGCGACACCGUCAUCCCCUACCCAUUUGGCACCAAGCACGGGUGCUUCCGGGAAGGCUUUAACGUCACAUGCGACAACAAUAAUCAAGCUGCAUACCUCGGGUGGUCUGCCAUCAGGAGCCUAAAGGUUUUGGGGAUCAAUCUCAGCCAAGGGGAGGCCCUCGUCCAGAAGCGCAUAACCAUGUGGUGCAUCAAUGAUACGGAUGUGCAGAGCCCCAGCUUCAAGCUCAUGAGUCCUUACUUGACUGGGUCCUCGGAAAUGAGACUUACAUCAAUGAAUGUGAUAAUCCAUCCAUUUAUCCUUGUAAAGAAAAGGAAGCUGGCAAAAGACAAGGAGAGGUUCUUCGUAGAAAAUGGUGGAAUGAUAUUAUAUCAACAAAGUCUCUCUAGACAGGUUGAAACAGUAACAAUAUUCACCUUAGAAGUUCUCAAGAAGGCAACAAACAAUUUUGACAAGAGCAGGGAACUGGGUAAAGGGGGCCAAGGCACUGUCUAUAAGGGCAUUCUGAGUGACAAAAAGGUAGUAGCUGUGAAGCGCUCCAAGGUUAUCAACAUGUCCCAAAAGGAAGAAUUUGUGCAGGAGAUUAUUAUACUUUCACAAAUCAACCACAAGAAUGUGGUCAGGCUUCUAGGCUGCUGCUUAGAAGUGGAAGUACCCAUAUUGGUUCCAUGGCGAUGUCAACUUGUCAAGUCUCUUAAUAUUCUCCUAGAUGAAAACGAUAUGGCAAAAGUAGCUGACUUUGGGGCGUCAAGGAUGCUUCCCAAGGAUGCGAUUCAGUUAAUGACGAUGGUACAAGGAACCUGGGGUUACCUAGAUCCAGAGUACCUGCAAGAGCGAAAACUUACAGAGAAGAGUGAUGUUUACAGCUUUGGGGUUGUGCUUCUUGAGCUAAUUACUAGGAAAAAGGCAAUAUACUCUGAAGGCCCUGAGGAAGGAGAAAGCCUAGCAUCAUCCUUCCUACAUGCAAUGAAAGAUAACAGAGUUGAAGGCAUCUUGGACACAAGCAUAAUGGGUGAGGAAAUGGUGGAACUUCUACAAGAAGUUGCUGAGCUAGGGAGACAGUGCUUGAGCGUCAAGGGGGAGGAUAGGCCUUCCAUGGCCCAAGUAGCCGACAAGCUGAAAGCUGUUCGCACUAGUUGGAGGGAGCUAUUGCUAUUGAAGCGUUAUAAAUCUGAUGUUGUAAUUGAGAGGUCAAGCGUGACUUCCGACGUGUCCCCAUAUGUUGCAUUCGGGUGA